UACAAGAUCCAAGACUUCCAACAUCAUCAUUCAAUUCUCUUUCUCCACCAUCUUUUGGCUUUUACUUUUUCAUCACCUUCUUCAAAUCAUUCAUCACUCUCUUUACUUUCUGUCUUUCUCCCUCCUUUAAGAUCGCAAACCUCCAUACUUAUUCCAAAACCCAUUUCUCCCAAUCCUAUUACCAUGGCAAAUCUUACCAAUAAUCCCUCCAUAAACCCAAAAAAUGGCUUCAACCCACAAACCUCCAUUUUCCAGAGUAAACGCCCACCAAUUUCCCUCCCACCAAACACGUCCUUAGACAUCACUACUUUCAUUUCUUCCCGUCCUCACCUUAAUACUACAGCUUUUAUUGACGCUUCUACAAACCGUCAACUUUCUUACUCGGAUCUCUGGUCAACUGUUGACUCGCUCUCAUUUUCUCUCUCCUCCACUUGGCAUAUCCGUAAAGGCCACGUCAUCCUCAUUCUCUCUCCUAACUCCAUCCUCUUCCCUAUCGUUUGUCUUUCCGUUAUGUCAAUCGGAGCAUUAAUCACAACUGCUAACCCAUUAAAUACGACCCGGGAAAUAUCCAAACAAGUUUCGGAUUCUAACCCGGUUCUUGUUUUUACGACACUUGAACUUGCCCAUAAACUAUCCGGAUCCGGGUCUAAUGUUAAAGUUGUGUUGAUGGGUGAGGGUCAAAUGACGGAAGGAAAAGUGAACGUUGUAACGACGUUAGAAGAAAUGGUUAAAGAUGGAGAAGAAAGGAAAGAGAAGGAAGGUGGGAUGGUGAAGGAAAGAGUGAGUCAAAACGACGCCGCAGCGUUGUUGUAUUCUUCUGGAACUACGGGAGUUAGUAAAGGGGUUAUUUCUUCUCAUCGGAAUAUGAUUGCAAUGGUUCAGAUUAUUAUCGGACGGUUUGGAUUGGAUGAUGGUGGGGUCCACAGACAUACCUUUAUUUGUACGGUUCCGAUGUUUCAUAUUUAUGGUCUUGUUGCCUUUGCUACAGGAUUACUAGCAGCUGGAGCAACAAUUGUUGUCUUACCAAAAUUCGAAAUGAAUGAUUUGUUCCUAGCAAUAUCAAAGUACAAGAUCAGUUACUUCCCUCUUGUUCCACCAAUAUUGGUGGCAAUGGUGAACAAUGCUGAUCAAAUCAAGAAGAAUUUUAAUUUGAGUUCAUUGAGUCAUGUUUUGUCUGGAGGAGCACCAUUGGGAAAGGAAUUGAUAGAGGGAUUUAUUGAGAAGUUUCCAAAUGUUGUGAUCAUGCAAGGGUAUGGACUAACCGAAUCCACUGCUAUCGGUGCAUCCACCGACUCCUUGGAGGAGAGUCGGAGGUAUGGGACAGCGGGGUUGUUAUCUCCGAGCAUUGAGGCAAGGAUAGUUGAUCCCGAUAGUGGAAAAGUGUUGGGGGUUAAUCAGACCGGUGAGCUUUGGCUUCGCGGUCCUACUAUUAUGAAAGGUUACUUUAACAAUCAAGAAGCAACUGCUAACACUCUCACUUCAGAUGGCUGGCUUAAGACAGGAGAUGUGUGUUACAUUGAUGAAGAUGGAUUCUUGUUUGUUGUUGAUAGACUAAAGGAGUUGAUCAAGUAUAAAGGAUACCAGGUUGCGCCUGCGGAAUUAGAGGCGUUGCUGCUCACUCACCCAGAAAUAGCCGAUGCUGCUGUUAUUCCGUUCCCAGAUAAAAACGUUGGUCAGUUUCCGAUGGCAUAUGUGGUAAGGAAAGCUGGUAGUUCCUUAUCAGAGAAUGAAAUCAUGGACUUUGUUGGGAAACAGGUUGCUCCUUACAAAAGAAUCAGGAGAGUGGCAUUUAUCGAGUUUGUACCGAAGAAUGCGUCAGGAAAGAUUUUGCGAAAAGAUCUAAUCAAAUUUGCUACAACUAGUUCGAAACUAUAGCCGGUUACAAUUUGAUUGUAUUGAACUUAUAUAUUCAUGAAAUUUUGAGGGUGUUCAACCUUUGUAACCUAAGGUUGUUCAUACAUGUAUAUUCAUCCUCUUCAAAAGAAUCAUUUCCUUCACACCAACUAAAAUAUGGCAUAAUGCAUGGAUGCUAAUAACCUUCGUUUGAUCAUGUAUUUAUGUGAUUGGUAAGAUGAAUUGUCCUAUUUCUA